AUGACGGGCGGACGGUUCGAUUUCGACGAUGGAGGCACUUACUGCGGGGGCUGGGAAGAUGGGAAAGCCCACGGACAUGGCAUAUGCACUGGACCAAAGGGUCAAGGCGAAUACGCCGGGGCCUGGUCCCACGGCUUUGAGAUAGUAGGAGUUUAUACCUGGCCCAGUGGGAAUACGUACCAAGGCUACUGGUCACAAGGCAAGCGGCAUGGGCUUGGUGUGGAGACGAAAGGAAAAUGGAUCUACCGUGGAGAGUGGAGUCAUGGGUUUAAAGGUCGAUAUGGAGUUCGUCAAAGCAACAAUACACCUGCGAGAUACGAUGGAACGUGGAGUAAUGGUUUGCAGGAUGGGUAUGGGAUCGAAACCUACGGAGAUGGCGGUACAUACCAGGGCCAGUGGAUGGGAGGGAUGCGCCAUGGUUAUGGUGUGCGUCAGAGUGUGCCUUAUGGAAUGGCUACGGUUAUCCGCUCACCGCUCCGAACCUCUCUGGCCUCCCUCCGCAGUGUCCAGAGCAAUGGCACUGUUCUCCAGGAUGCUGCAGCUGACACGCCGGUGGGCAGCCGUGGGGGUUUCGUGCUGAACUUUCAUAGUGACAGCGAAGUAGUGACUGGUAAGAAAAAGGGCCUUUUCAGGAGAGGUUCUCUGUUUGGCAGCCUCAAACAGCUGAGAAAAUCAGAUUCGAAAACUUCCAUAUCGAGCAAGCGCAGCUCAGUGCGAAGCGACGCCACGAUGAGUCGCAUCAGUUCCAGCGAUGCCAACUCCACUAUCAGCUUUGGGGACGGUGAGGCACCUGAAGAGUACAUCCCAAUGGAGGACCACGUGGACGCCACCACCACCGAGUCCUACAUGGGCGAAUGGAAGAACGACAAGCGAAAUGGUUUUGGCAUCAGCGAGCGCUCCAACGGGAUGAAAUAUGAGGGAGAAUGGAUGAACAACAAGAGGCAUGGAUAUGGUUGCACUAUAUUCCCGGAUGGAACCAAGGAGGAGGGAAAAUAUAAAAAUAACGUGUUGGUCCGUGGAAUAAGGAAGCAGCUAAUUCCCCUUAAAAAUCCAAAAACCAAAGAGAAAGUGGACCGGGCUGUAGAGGGAGCCCAAAGAGCUGCAGCUAUCGCCAGAACAAAAGUGGAAAUAGCAGCUUCAAGGACGGCUCACGCCAGAACCAAGGCAGAGGCUGCAGACCAGGCUGCUCUUGCUGCCAGUCAGGACUCAGAUAUUGCACGAGCUGUAGCCAGAGAACUGUCGCCAAAUUUUCACCAGCCAGGUCUUGACUACAUCAAACAGAAGUUUAAUGAACCUGCAGAGAUCAAGGAGGUCCCAGAGGAGAAGAAGAAGGAUAAAUCUCCUUCAGGAAGUCCACACUUCUAUCGGAGAGGUACAACGCCAUCCCACUCUCCUGCUCAGAGUCCGGGUCCCACGCCCCCUCCCUCUCCUAAAAAGAAGUCCCAGCCUGCCAACAGCAGCGUGACCCGGAAGAUAAGCAAGGACAACACCAGUGUAACCCGAAAGAUAAGCAAAGACAGCACCGGCGUUGCUCGAAAAAUAAGCAAAGACGAGAAAGCCUCCUUUUCAGAAGCUACCAAAGCACCCCCUGCACCCCAAGCCCCACUCAAACUACAGGACGUGCCCCCACCAAAGCCCCCCAAAGCCCCCGAGCUUGCAGACAACCAGCUUAUCCCCAGAAAUGGGCAGGUCCAUGCGCAGUACCACAGCUACUAUGUUAAGGCACCAGUAAAGGGGCCCCCUCCAGAGGAACCUGAGGAUGAAGAGCCUGAACUAACACAGUUAAAUCUGGCCAGAAUGCCACCAUCACCACCCAAGCUUUUCAGGACCCCUUCCCCUAAACCUGCCCCUGAAGUCAAGCUCAGGAAACAGGAAUCUAUAAAGCCAAAGAGCCUAGCAGAAACCAAGAAAGCCAGCUUAGAUAUUCCUGAUGAAAUGCUCGAAGAAGAAUCAGGUCCUAACUCAAUUUUGGUUGCCAUGGUUAUGCUUUUGAAUAUUGGCCUAGCAAUCAUUUUUGUCCACUUCCUGACAUGA